ACAGCCCUUCUCCAAUAAAAACCUCCCGAAAUGGGACACUAAUGAGGAGGACUGUGACUCCGGAGUUUGCCAGGUCUCCACUGGCUCACUUGGACAAGAAUGCUGCAGACAGGAGGGCCAGUUUCCAGAGAAGAGACUCCAGAGAAGGGAGCCCCUGGUCCUGGAAGACGGUGGCGUCACGUGAGGUCACAGAAGUGACUGAGGUCACAGAGACAAUUGUAACAGAAAUUGUGGAAGUCACAGAAUAUCCACCGGGAGAUAAAGGAGGGAACCCCGUAGUCACCAGAACAGUUAGAGUCCUGAAUGGUGUUGCAGAAGAACUUGCUGAGCUCCAAAGUGAUGGACGUUCAUGUUCAGACCAAGAUUCUAGUUUGGACAGGUGGAUGGGAACAAAAUCUGCCUUGGCACUCAGGAACGUGUCCACAGAUUCUGAAACGUUUCUCCAGAACCUGGAUGCUUUGGUUACAUGGGUCAGUGAGAUUGAAGAGCUCACAGCCAACCAGAAACCUCCAUCAUCAGAGGUCAAAGUAGUGAAAGCCCAACUUCAAGAACAAAAGCUCUUGCAGCGCCUCCUAACAGACAGGAGACGAAGCAUGGACUUGAUGAUGCUGGAAGGCCCCCGGUUAGUCGAAGCCCACCCAGGAGAGGAGGAAGAGCAGACAAAGGUCAAGCUCUCCACUCUGAAACAGAAGUGGGAGGCCUUACAGCUGGGGGCAGAGAAAAGGAGAGCACAUCUGGAGCUGAUUCUGCCCCGAGCUCAGCAGCUCCAGGAUGAAGCAGACACAUUUCAGCAGUGGCUUAUGUCGAUCGAACAGACGCUAGCUGAACUACGAAAUGCAGAGCGAGUGAUGCUGCACCUCGCAGACGCCACAGAACGAGCCAAGGCUGUUGUUGAUGAGAUUCAAGCCCAAACUGGUGAACUGGGAAAAAUACAGACAUCAGGCCUUAAUUUAAUGGAAGAAGUUUCAGUGGAGGAGGCGCAGCAGGUACAGGAGAAGAUGGAUGUUCUGCGUAUUCGUUGCUCUGUGCUCAGUCUGAGCAGUCUGGAUGUGCUGCAGAGGCUGGAGCAGGCCCUGGAAGCCUCCAGCCGCUGCACCUCCAGCCAGGAGGACCUCCACUUGUGGCUGGGACGCAUCGAGAGGGAGCUCCUGGGAGCAGCAGGAGCGCAGACACAUUCAGGGGAUGCAGUACUUUGUGAAGCUGAGAAACAGAGGCUGGAACAGGCUGUGGUGAAAGAGAUGGCUUGGUUCAGAGACACAGCGCUCAGUCUUGAGAAGCUGAAAACCAUUAACCUGGAUCCAGAGGUCAUAGCUGAACAACUCUAUGAACAGAAGAUUUUAGCAGUAGAGAUUCUUCAACACAAGUUCAACAUUGAGAAAAUGGCAAAGAUUGCUGAAAUCUUAAAAACUUACAGUGAUGAGGGAGAAGCUGGGGAUUUUCAGACUCCAGUAGAGGCCUUACAGGAACAGUGCAACGCCACCUCAGCCACCAAUGCCCAUGUAGUCCUGCAGCUUGAGCAUGCCCAGUCACUUCUUGGCCAGUUCUCUGAAUGUCUUGCUGAGAUUUCUCCUUGGCUAGAGGACACUCAGGCUCUCAUUGGCCACCUCACCCUGAGCACAAUUAGCUAUGAGGCAUUUCGGGAACAACAGGACCUCCUGCAGGGUCUUAGAGAGUCCAUAGCAGAACACCGCCCUUUGAUUGCACGCUUAUGUGCUAUAGCAAAACGCUUGUCAGAACUAAACUCGGAUCAGGGAAACCAGUUCUGUCAAAAGGCAACAGAGGCCGAGGAGAAGCACAAAACCAUCAGAGAUCGUGUCAGAGAGACUGCCAGUCUUCUAGAGGAGUCCCUGCCAAGAUUUGCGCAGCUGAAUGAGAGGAUGACUCUUAUCAGAGAGAAUGUUGACCGUCUACGCAGUCGCAUGCAGACUCCAACCUCUCUUCAAGGUCUCACCCCAAGGAUCCAGGAGCAGCUUCAAGACAACAGGCAAACCCUGGCUGAGCUCUCCAAGCUGGAGUUGGGUCUUAGCACUGUGAAAGCGCAGGCAGAUGAACUGCUGGCAAACACUAAGGCAGCAGGGGAUACGUCCAUCGGCACAGCAAUUCAGGAUCAAGUGACCAGUGUGUCCCUGCUGUGGGAUGAGACUCACAAGGAGGUCCAGAAGAGAGAAAGCUGGUUACUGAGGGUCUUGGACCUUGCCUUGAAGUUUUGGAGCGAUGUUGGUGAAAUGGCAUCUGUUCUCAAUGAUACCCAGCAGUCACUGAUGGAUCUCAAUGCUUGUCGGACAGACGCUGAAACCAUUCGCCAAAGUCUUGAAACCAUGCAGCCUCUCAGGGAAGAUAUAGACAACUUUCAGGGGGAUCUGGACAUCCUCGGGGUUCUUGGAAUGGACCUGAUGUUAGCAUGUGGGGAUACAGACAAACCGGACGUCACAAAAAGCAUGGACGAACUUUAUUGCACAUGGAACAACCUAAGCAAAUUUUGGAACGAAUGUCACAAGAAGUUGGAGGAUUCCUUGGAGAUGGCUCUGCACUAUCAAGACACGAUGCAGGGCCUGUUUGAGUGGUUAAAAUCAGCAGAGCUAAGAUCUACAGAGGAGUUCAUGGUAGGCACUGACCUGGAAUCAGUCCAGGAGCAGCUAUGUGAACUCAAGGAAUUCAAGCGGGAACUCUACCAAAAGAAGAUCGAGAUAGAAAGUCUGACCCAUCACUUUGUGUGCCGGCUGUCUCCAGGCUCGGAGCGGCCCGGCUCGGUGUCCCCGCUGUGUGACUUCAGACAGCGCUGGGACAACCUUGAGACAGAGACUGUAAACAGACAGGCAUCUUUAUAG